CUGGGGCUGCCGGAGGUGGCACAGAUCCCGAGCUGGGGGACAGGGGGCAGCCAACGGCACGGGCAGGGUCACCGCCCUGGGAAACCUCCGCCUCCGCGUGUCCCAACCCAGCCAUUUGGGGGCGAGAGGGAGCGGGCGAAUGAGGGAAGCGCUGUGGGGUCCGGGACCAGACCCACAGGGCCGGCAGGGUUGGUCUCCAACUCUUAAGUUCCGUCUCAGUUCCGCGCCACUACCGCUCUUUCCAAAUUUUACCAACAGACGCGUGCGAGUCUGGGGGAACCCUGCGUCCGCUCGAGCCUCGGCGCGCUCCCAGUACGGCUGACGUCCCCCUCGCCAACCGCACCCAUGCUUCUGGCGCGGAUGAAGCCGCAGGUGCAGCCCGAGAACGGCGGGGCGGACCCGGGGCCGGAGCAGCCGGUGCAAGGGCGCAAAGCCGCGGAGCUGUUGGUGGUGAAAGAGCGCAACGGCGUCCAGUGUCUCCUGGCGUCCCGCGAUGGCGACGAGCAGCCCCGGGAGACCUGGGGCAAGAAGAUCGACUUCCUGCUGUCAGUGAUCGGCUUCGCGGUGGACCUGGCCAACGUGUGGCGCUUCCCCUACCUCUGCUACAAGAAUGGUGGCGGUGCCUUUCUGAUCCCGUACACCCUGUUCCUUAUCAUUGCUGGGAUGCCCCUGUUCUACAUGGAGUUGGCUCUGGGCCAGUACAACCGAGAAGGGGCAGCCACAGUGUGGAAGAUCUGCCCAUUUUUCAAAGGAGUUGGCUACGCUGUGAUCCUCAUCGCCAUCUACGUUGGCUUCUACUACAACGUCAUCAUCGCCUGGUCUCUCUACUACCUCUUCUCCUCCUUCACCCUCAAGCUGCCUUGGACCGACUGCGGCCAUGCCUGGAACAGCCCCAACUGCACCGACCCCAAGCUCCUCAACAGCUCUGUGCUGGGCAACCACACCAAGUACUCCAAGUACAAGUUCACGCCGGCAGCAGAGUUUUACGAGCGUGGCGUCCUGCACCUUCAUGAGAGCGGCGGGAUCCACGACAUCGGCCUGCCCCAGUGGCAGCUCUUGCUGUGUCUGAUGGUCGUCGUCGUCAUCCUGUUUUUUAGCCUCUGGAAAGGAGUGAAGACAUCAGGAAAGGUGGUGUGGAUCACGGCCACGCUGCCCUACCUCAUGCUGUUUGUGCUCCUGGUCCAUGGCAUCACGCUGCCUGGUGCCUCCAACGGCAUCAACGCCUACCUGCACAUCGACUUCUACCGCCUGAGAGAGGCCACGCCUCCUCCAGCUCACUGUCCUACCCAGAGACACAGACUAAGUGAAGAUGGGGUGAACGCGGAGUGGAGUCCGCAGCAGUGGAGCGAGGCUGGGAUCAGAGUGUUGGAGGUGUGGAUCGAUGCGGCGACUCAGAUAUUUUUUUCCUUGGGGGCUGGAUUUGGAGUCCUGAUUGCAUUUGCCAGUUACAACAAAUUUGACAACAACUGCUACAGGGACGCCCUGCUCACCAGCACCAUCAACUGUGUCACCAGCAUCAUCUCUGGGUUCGCCAUCUUCUCCAUCCUUGGCUACAUGGCCCAUGAACACAAGGUCAACAUUGAGGACGUUGCCACCGAAGGAGCCGGCCUGGUUUUCAUCCUGUACCCAGAAGCCAUUUCCACCCUCUCGGGAUCCACAUUCUGGGCUGUCGUGUUCUUCAUCAUGCUUCUGGCUCUGGGAAUUGACAGCUCGAUGGGAGGCAUGGAGGCCGUCAUCACAGGCCUGGCAGACGACUUCCAGGUCCUGAAGAGACACCGGAAACUCUUCACAUUUGGUGUCACCUUUGGAACCUUCCUUCUGGCCCUGUUCUGCAUAACCAAGGGUGGGAUAUACGUGCUGACCCUGCUGGACACCUUUGCGGCGGGGACCUCCAUUCUGUUUGCCGUGCUCAUGGAAGCCAUCGGAGUCUCCUGGUUUUAUGGUGUGGACAGGUUCAGCAACGACAUCCAGCAGAUGAUGGGGUUCAAGCCAGGCCUGUACUGGAGACUGUGCUGGAAGUUCGUGAGCCCCGCCUUCCUCCUGUUUGUGGUGGUGAUGAGCGUCGUCAACUUCAAGCCACUCACCUACGAUGACUACAUCUUCCCGCUCUGGGCCAACUGGGUUGGAUGGGGCAUCGCGCUGUCCUCCAUGGUCCUGGUGCCUGCCUACAGCGUCUACAAGUUCUUCAGCACGCGGGGCUCCCUUCGGGAGAGGCUGGCCUAUGGCAUCACCCCGGAGAACGAGCAUCACCUGGUGGCCCAGAGGGAUGUCAGGCAGUUCCAACUGCAGCACUGGCUGGCCAUCUGAGCCCCAAGGAGGGACCCUGCCAUGCCGACGUCCAGGUCCAAGGCUUCGCUGCCACCCCGGACACAGUCUUGGGACUCCUCUCCCGAAAGAUGUUCUCUCCAUCCCUACCCCUCUUUCCCCAGUUACAAAUGAUUUCGUGACCUCGUUUUUCUUCACCUUCUGUUCAUCCGGCCCGGAGGCUUUGAGCUUGGAUUGGAAAGUCUGGAGGGGGAGGAGGAGGGGAGGGAACAGGAAAAGUGACUUCCAUCGAGCCCCUUUUGUUUUGGGAAAGCCUCACCCACCCUGGGAUCUGGCCCAAGCUGAGCUCCAUCCACGGCUCGGGCAGAAUUCACCACUACCUUGCUUGCACUUCGGGGCCACAGGAGAAAUCCCGCCCACCAAAUCAGAGAGAGGAUGUCGCUUUUGGCCAGAUACCAUAAAACCGAACACAAACAAAAAGGCCGGCUGCGUCUGGGGCAGGGGAUCCUCUCUCUCUCUUGCCACCCAGUCAGCAUUCUGGUGUCUGAACCUUGAUCAGGGAGCGUGGCUUGGUUUGUUCCGGUCACCAGUCUGGAUAGAUGCUUUGGAGGCUUGUGAGAAGAAUCCUUCAUGGUUAGUUUUCACUCUGGCUAAGCUGAAUCUGAUUUGUGCGUGUUCUGGAACAUUCUUCCAGCUUCUGGUGGUCAGAGGGUCCAGAGCCAUGGAUGUCACGAGGCAAAAUGUAGAUGAGCCGCAGUGAGGAGGUUUUGCAGAAGUACCACAUGAGCUCAUAGAGGCCACGUGCAGGUCUUGGUCUGUCGGGCACAUGGGGCCCAGAAACCCAUCUGUGGCUUCUGAGAUCUUUCUGGGGGACUUGGGACAGGAACCCAGCGAGGCCAGAAGUGUGUCUGUACUAUGGAAUUCUCUGCCGUCCUCACAGGGACAGGUGGAUGCCCAAGGGCAUCCUGAUAGGCUGUUUGUUUAUCUGUUGUCCGCAGACACCUGCAAAGGUCUUCCCUGGGAAUCCCACCCAGCACGGACCAGGGCUCUCAAGUGGUGGGGAGUUGGCCCUGAAAACUCCCUUUGUUUCUCCUGAUGGUCUUAACUUGGCAUCUGAGGGCAUGGUGGAGCCAAGCAGGUAGCAACCUGGUCAGUCAAGUCGAGGGGAAAAUAUUCUGAGCUGAUGGAGCAGGAUGAUGGUUUUAGAGAAUUUGCAGGUUGACUUCUGAUACACAUUUGCAAGUGGCGCCCUCUGGUGGUGGUGGUGGUGGUGAGUUUCAGCUCAUUCAGAGAACAGAUUUGUAGUUUGGGAAGUUGGUGGCAUCUAUUUGGGGUUUCUGUUUAUGGUUUGAGUCUCUUAUGCCUUCCUUGGAAAUCUAGAUUCAGAGGUUCUUGUUGUGACUGAGGAAGCCCCUAUUGAGGAAUCUUGGGCCAUAAAUAAAUAAAUAAAUAGGCCGCUCAUACUGGGAGUGUAGGAAGACUCACAUCCAGAAGGUACUUUGCAUAAGACUGGGGUGUCCCUGAGCCCGAUCAAUCAAUCAUGCAGUUUGUGGAAGAGGGUUAUGUUGGGGGCGGGGGGAGUGGUGGGGCAGGGAGGUGGUCUUCUCUCUGAAGGUCCUGAGAUUUCCCUGCUAAGUCAGUGUCCUUGGGUCAUUUUUUGGAGAAAAGUGGGAGAAUCAGAAGACUUUUGAUACUUUUAUGUAAAAAGGCCAGUUCAAAGGCUAAGCCCAAGUGGCAGGUGUCUUGGACUGCUGUGGAAGGCGGGGCCUGAGGGCAUCCAACGGAGCUGAACAAUAAGGUGGGGGCGAAGGAGAUGAGGGAAGGGCGACCCAUCACAGGUGGGAUCUGGUCCCAUAAGCGACUUCAAAUCCUCCCGUGAAGAGUAACUCCUCCCUAGGUGUUCUAGUCGUUUUACACACAGUCCCUUCAUCCCUGUCACCUCCCAUCUUCCCAGCAAGGAUUGCACGGCUGGUCUCUGUCCCAUUUCCUAGGUGGGAACACCAAGGCUCAGUAUUUCGGCCGCUCUUGUUCAAGUUUUCUCAGCUCCUAAGGGAUCCAGUCAGACCCUCAAGUCGGAUCCCGUGCCUCUUAGCCCAGAGCACUUUGAAAUCCCCAGCACACUAUGGUUUACCCCACCCAGGGCUGUCGUUAAAAAAUAAACAAAACCCAGUCAAGUG